AGCAACCGACCUGAAUAAUAUUAGUAAGAAAAUUUGGAAAAAUCCAGAAUUGAGUUUUAAAGAACAUGCAGCUCAUGAGCUACUAACAAUAUUUUUGGAGAAAGAAGGAUUUAAUGUUUCAAAUAAAACACCAUUAGAAAUUUCUUUGUUGCUGGAAAUUCAGGAGGUUUAAAGAUUGGUGUUUUAUGUGGGUAUGAUGCAUUACCUGGAGUGGGUCAUGGUUGUGGACAUAAUUUGAUUGCAGAAGCUGGUAUUGGGGCAGCGUUAGGACUGAAAGCUGCAGUUUUUUUAAAACCUGAUGUCUUAUUUGAAAUAAUUGUGUACGGUACACCUGCAAAAAAAUGGAAUUGGAAAGAUUGAGAUGAUCAAAAAAGAUGUAUUCAAUGAAACUAAUAUUUGUUUAACGUCUCACUCUGCUUCUUUUGAAAUUCGAAAACCCAUGUUUCUUGCGGUCUGCCAAGUUAAAGUAGAAUUUUCAGUCCCAUUAUUGAGAUAGUGUGAAUAGAAAUUUGAAAAAUGUAAGUAGCUAUAGCUUCAUCCUUAGUAAUUACUUAAAAGUAGCCAAACAGAUGUCAAAUUAUUAAUUUCUAUCAACCUUUAUGAAUACAGGCAAGGCAUCUCACACUGCUGCUGCACCAUAGGAGGGCAUUAAUGCAUUGGAUGCAGCUGUUGCGUGUUACAACAACAUAUGUCAACAAAUGAAAACAACUUCACGAACUCAAUGUGUAAUUUUUAAGGUUGGUGAUAAACCGAAUAUUAUGCCAGAGUACGCAGAAACAAUGCUUAAUAUUCGUGCUGUUGCAGAUCAGGACAUGUUUAAACUUUGUGAAAAGGUCAUCUCAUGUGCAAAAGGAGCUGGAAUUGCUAUUGGCCUAAAGGCUGUGUUGUCGCUAAAGUCAGAUGAACCAUUUGAAAUAAUUGUUUAUGGCACACCUGCAGAAGAAAUUGGAUCAGGAAAGGUGAAGUUAAUUGAGGCUGGUGUAUUUGAUGACGUUGAUUUUUGCAUGAUGUCUCACCCAGCUAAGUACGAAAUUCCGCAACCUAUAUGGAAUGAUAUUCAUACUUUCACAGUGAUGUUUACAGGUAAAGCCAGCCAUGCAGCUGCUGCACCAUAAGGCAUCAAUGCAUUGGAUGCAGCUGUUACGUGUUACAACAAUGUAUCCAUGCUACGUCAACAAAUGAAACCGAGUUCUUUUAUAAAUGUUACAAUUCCAAAUGGCGGUGAUAAGCCCAACAUCAUUGCAAGAGCAUCUUAUAUAAUGUUUUAUAACCGUGGACUUACAGACAAAGACAUGUUUGAGUUGGAAGAAAGGGUAUUUUUAUGCGCAGAAGGAGCUGCAACCUCAGCAGGUUGUUCGAUAAAAAUUCUAAAAGACAACUUCCAUAAUUCAACAGUAAAAUCAAAUCCGAUUCUGACUGAUUUGUAUGUUUCAAAUGCAAAAUAUUUGGGUGUUCAGUUUAACGAUGACGAAUACAUAACAAAAGUUUUAGCAAGCCGUCAAUACAUCCGUUGUUUAAAAUCCAGUCAACUGGAUCAAACCAUACACAUGAAUUCCUGAAAGCAGCUGGAUAUGUAAUAAAUCAGUUACCAACAUUGAAUUCUGCUAAAAACCCUUCAAAUAUGUAAUCGGCUGGAACUGUAAUAUUUAAUAGAGAGUUUUUGCUAUAUCAUGGAGGCACAGUUAAAAGAAAUUGCUUGCAAAGAAAUUGAUCAUCGAGCAUCUGACCUGAAUAAUAUUAGUCAGGAAAUCUGGAAAAAUCCAGAGUUGAGUUUUAAAGAACAUGCAGCUCAUGAGCUACUAACAACAUUUCUGGAGAAAGAAGGAUUUAAUGUUUCAAAAAAAACACCAUUGGAAACUUCUUUUAUUGCAAGAUAUGGAAGUUCAGAAGGUUUAAAGAUUGGUAUUUUAUGUGAGUAUGAUGCAUUACCUGGAGUGGGUCAUGCUUGUGGACAUAAUUUAAUUGCAGAAGCUGGUAUUGGUGCAGCAUUGGGGUUAAAGGCGGCAGUAGCCUUAUUUCCUGAAUAUAAGUUUGAGAUAAUAGUGUAUGGUACACCUGCUGAAGAAGCUGAUAGAGGCAAAGUUAAGAUGCUUCAAGAAGGAGUAUUUAAGGACGUGGAUUUUUGUAUGAUAUCACACCCAACUACAUAUGAGAUUCCAGUACCAAUGUGGCUAGCUGUAUCUGAAUUACAAGUUAUAUUCAAAGGUAAAGCAUCUCAUGCAGCUGCUGCACCAUGGGAAGGCAUCAAUGCAUUGGAUGCUGCUGUUGCUUGUUACAACAACGUAUCCAUGCUACGUCAACAAAUGAAACCAACUUCUCGUGUUCAUUGCACCAUUGUAAAGGGUGGUGAUAAACCAAACAUCAUUCCCGAAUAUGCAGAAAUGUGGUACAAUAUCAGGGGAAAAACAGAUUCUGACCUACUGGCGUUACAAGAAAAAGUUAUUCAGUGUGUGAAAGGAGCUGCUGCUUCAACAGGUUGCUCUGUAGUCAUCCCUGACCAAGAAUCUUUUCUUUCAUCCAUCAAAACAAACAAACCUUUAAUAGAUUCAUACAUUAUAAAUGCUAAAAGUCUUGGUGUAAAGUUUGAUGCCGAUAAUGCAUCAAAGGUUUUGGCAAGUUCAGAUAUGGGAAAUGUUUCUCAAGUAAAACCAUCAAUACAUCCGUUGUUUAAAAUCCAAACAAAUGGCCCGAUACAUACACAUGAAUUUCGACAAGCAGCUGGGGAUGUAAUAAAUCAGUUACCAACAUUGAAUUCUUCUAAAAGUAUGGCAAUGACAGCUAUUGAUGUGAUAUGCAAACCUGAAUUAAUGCAAGAUAUUAAGAAAAGUUUUAGUGAAAACGUGUAAGUGCAGCUUGACAAAGACGAGGUUUUUAUGAAUUUGUUUGAUGUACGUUUUGAACUAUAACUAUAAUUAUUUGCAAUUUUUAUGCAAAGGCUGACGCAGUUCUGCAUUAUCGGGGAUUGUAAUUUUUUGUUAGUUUUUGUUGUUGUAUUAUUUGUAUUGAGUAUUUUUAGCAGUGAAUUUGUUUUAGAAUAGACCCACUUCCAUAUCCAUUUUCGUUCCGCAAAGUAUUCAUAAAAGAAACCCCAAACACAUGAAAAAAAAUAGUUUAGUUAUAAGCAAACUUUAAGUUUUCAGGGAAGCAGUGCAGAUAUGGUUUGUUUACUCUCGUUAUUUGCAAAAUUAGCUUGUCAUACAAUCUAAUUAUUACAUUUGGUAAUAUUACGAAAUAAUAGUAUCUGUCAGAUACUGGUCCGUUCUAAUCGUUUAUUUAUUUUAAAUGAGCUAGGAUACUAUAGCAGCUUUAAAUAUGAUAAUAUGAGUAACUCGCUGGCUGGCUUAUUCCAAACAAACGUAUUUGUUGAUGUUAUUGAAGUGCUAAAAUGAAGGGAUUUUUUAAGUGAUUCACAGCUUUUCUUGGGAUGUUCUUCCCUAUUUUUUUGACAUUUUACGACCCUGUCCUAGAUCCUAUUUCGUAAAAGAAGUUACGGCCUAAUAAAAUUUUUAGUGAUUUUGUUUAGUUAAAACAAAUGGAGAGAGGCUCACUUCACAAAGCAUGUUUGCUUUCUCCCAUUCAAUUUAAAACUGUUUCUUGGGAAAUAAAGCAAAAAAAUUCAGACAUAAUGCUUAGGAAGAAAACAGUUUUGCAACUAAAAUUUGUCGGUCAACUUUAACUUUAACCAGAGAAAACAAUAUAAAUUUUUUUUGUGGGGUCAAAACUAAAUUUUUUAUUUCAUAUUUUUCACAAAUCAACAUAAAUCUUUCCCAGGUCCUACUUCCUGAAAAAAAUUAUGACACGAGUUUAACAACAGGGAUGAUAUCAUAAUUCUAAGAUAACUUCUGUUAGCGUCACCCUAUCUUCAACAUCAGAAAAAGCUCAAAAUGAAAUUCUCAAUAUAUUUUCCAGUGUUACAGUAGCUUGCUACUUGCUGUUUUGCCUGCAGCUUAUGCUGACCGGCUACUAGCAAGCUAGUUUCAUUUUUUUAACUAAAAUGAGUAAUAUGAAGUGCCCCUGAGCCUUAGUAAACUGUACAUUAAGUUUUAGUUCCAAAUUCACUAACAAACAGUAAAAUAAAAUGUAUUCACAUCAUUUUAAAAAUGUGGCUAGGUUUAGCUAGCUAACAUAGACCAAAAAAAUACGCACCUAAAAUUUACAAUAUUUUAACUUUUUUUGUCACACUACCACUAUCAAUACCCUCUUUAUAACUAUGUUAACUUCGAUUUUGUGAAACUGCCAGUAAGAAGCUGUAAAAGUCAAUAUUUUGUUAAUACAUUCAAAAUUGUAUGUAAACAACUAGCAUCCAGAAAUUGGCUCAUAACUAAGAUUGUUUUCAUGUUAUGCUGCAUUUUUGUAUGCAUAUUUCACAGAACGAAAGUUUUUAUAAAUUUAUUAUGUUUUGGUUUUGAGCAAAGCACAAUUUUGGGUAUGGAUAUGGGUAUUUGGUACAUUUUUAGACAUUAUUUAAAUAUUUUUAGACAUUUUUAGGCAUUUAGAUAUAGAUAUUUUUAGAUACUUUAGAUAUUUAUUGACAUUGCAACAGAAGUGUGUGCAUAUUCUAUUAAAAUAGAUAAAUAGAUGUAUAGAUUAUUCCA